AUGAGAGAAGAGAAGGCCUCACUUAAGAUUUACCCCUAUGUCUAUGUUGUCCUAUUCCCCCUCCACAGCCAGAGGUACUGUAUGUGUAAUCCUGAUGUGGUGCAGCAGUUUCACAACCCAGACACCAUCUUUAUCCUGGCCUUUGCCGUGGUCCUCCUCAACACCGACAUGUAUUCACCAAACAUCAAACCUCAGCGCAAAAUGGGCCUCGAUGACUUCAUACGCAACCUCAGAGGUGUGGAUGACGGAGCUGACAUCCCCAGGGAGAUGGUCGCUGGCAUUUAUGAGAGGAUCCAACAAAGGGAGCUCCGCUCCAACGAAGACCAUGUCACCUACGUGAGCCGCGUGGAGCAGUCCAUCAUGGGCCUCAAAACUAUCCUCGCCGUGCCUCACAGGCGUCUGGUGUGCUGCUGUCGUCUGUUUGAGGUACCUGACGCCAACAGGCCUCAUAAACAGAAACUGUUCCAGCUGCAGAGAGAGGUCUUCCUCUUCAAUGACCUGCUGCUGAUCCUAAAGCUGUGCCCCAAGAAGAAAGCUCGGCCUCAUACACCUUCUGUAAAGCUAGGUCUUUGGGAAUGCAGUUUCACCUCUUCAGCAACGAAUCAACUUGAGAUGCCAGACUAA